UUUUCAUGCUACCAGGCCAGGGGCGUUGCUGAUGGCCUCGAAUAUCUUCACUCCCAAGAUGUCGUUCACGGCGACCUCCAUCCUGGGAAUGUGCUCGUAGAUGGUUCCGGGCACCCACGCCUCACAGAUUUUGGUCUCGCGACAGUCGCAGGGGACGUAGAGUCGCAGUUGAAUACGACGACCGCAGGCCGCAGCUUCAAUCCUCAAUGGCGUGCGCCUGAGGUCAUUGGAAUCGACCCGGAGGCUGAACUUGUACGACCGAAUUUCAAGAGUGAUGUAUAUUCUUUCGGUAGUGUCAUGUUCUUUAUCGUGUCAGGGGUUAUACCGUGGAACGAGAAGAAAAAUUCAAAUCAUAUCAUCAUUGAGCUAUCGAAAGGAGCUAUUCCUGCACGUCCUGACAACAUCCUUGACGAUCACUGGAACUUGAUCAACAAAUGCUGGUCCUGGGACCCCAUGUGUCGCCCAGAGGCAACCGAAGUCACUAGAUGCAUUGCAACGAAAAUUGCCACUAUUAACUUGAAUUCAAGAGAGAUUGAAAUGGCUGUUAGCACUAUACAGAGCUCUCCUAAAUGGAGUUCAGGAGAGACUAAGGUAGCCGAUAGCACUAUACAGAGCCUUCCUAAAUGGAAUUCAGGAGAGAUUGAAAUGGCUGAUAGCACUAUACAGAGCCCUCCUAAACGACAUAAAAAUAUUGUCGUCUUCGGCGCGACGGGAGCAGGCAAAAGCUCGCUCAUCAACCUUAUGGCGGGAAAGGAGGUUGCCACCACAUCUCCUGACACGCAACGUUGUACGAUGCAGUGGAAAGACUAUACCAUCGGUUUCGGUGGCGACUCGUAUGUGGUUUUCGAUACCAUCGGGCUGGAGGAACCACAGCUGAGAAUCGGAGAAUACCUCGAGUCUGUCGAGAAUGCCUAUCGGCUCAUCAAGGAAUUGGACAGGCAAGGCGGCAUUGACCUACUUCUAUUCUGCGUUCGUGCCGACAGAGUCACUGCUACGAUUCAGAGCAACUACCGGCUCUUUCAUGAAUUCAUCUGCGAGAAGAAGAUUCCCAUUGUUCUUGCGAUCACACAUCUUGAAAGAGAGCAGAGGAUGGAGGACUGGUGGGAAAGAAACCAGGCCACCCUCCAAAACCAUCGGAUCCAGGUCGCUGGUCAUGCGUGCAUCACUGCCGCCAACAGAUUGGACGGCAGACACCAAAUCCUUUAUGAAGAAUCGCGCAUCACGAUCCGCAAUCUUGUUAAGAAAUUUACUGCUGACGGGCAGAAGCAAACAUGGAUAGGAGGGGACAACCUGUUCGUAUCGUUAAUGCGCAAGCUGAAGGAGUUACUUACAGCGAGUUCGUUUGUGAGAAAGAAGGAUCUUGUUUCUCGUCUGACGAAGCGUUGCGGUAUGUCUCGAGACGUCGCAAGUCAGUUGGCUCAGAUGAUCAAGCAAGACGUAGUAGAAGCCAGUAGUCCUUAACUUCCCUAUUCUUACAUAGCUAAUUUGCCUGUGUACUCACGCCGAGUCCUGUAUUUCAC